AGGACACUGAGGUACCAAGAGGCUAAGUAACCUACCCAAGUCACACAGCUGGUAACGAGUGCCUAGGCUUUUGCUUUUACCCAAAGUCAGGCACUGCCCUGUCCUCAAGGCAUCCCCAGCUUGCUAAGGGAAGUAGAUGGGCCGAGAGGAAGUGACACUGCAGAUACUAAGACCUGAGACAGAGGGGAAAGGAGAGAGGGCUAAGCAUGAAACCCAGCAGUGGGGCACAGAACUCAGCCUGGAGGGGCAGCAGGAAGGUUAUCCUGAGCAGGCAGCCAGCACUGAACUGGAUCUGGAAGGAGAAGGAGAAGUUUGCAAGGGGUCAGCAUGUGGAAACAAGCUAUAAGUCAGGCUCUCAGCAUAAGACAUAGCCCAGACACCCCUGAGGACCUCUCCAUGGGGACCCUGGAGCACCUAUGAUGAAUCAGGAAGCAAAGUAGGGCCAGCUCCUCAUGGACCCCAUCAGCAUCCAGCUGGACACCGGGAACCUGUGGGGCGGUCUCGUGAGUCUGCUCAGCAAAGACCCAGACUGGCUGAGCACCAAGAUGAAGUUCUUCUUACCCAACAUGGACCUGGGUUCCAGGAAUGAGAUCUUGGACCCUGAGCAGAGGAUCAUCUCACAAGUCAGACUAUUGCACGCUCAAGGUCUGGCCACCUGGAAGUCGUUCAUCCACUGUGUGUGCAUGGAGCUGGAGGUACCUCUGGACCUGGAGGUGCCACUGCUGAGUACUUGGGGCAGUGAGGACGGGUUCCCCAGCCAGCUGGGGGCUGAUGAAGAAAGCCAACCUGGAUCUUGGCUCCAUCCUGGUGUCAAGCGCCCUCAUCAGAGCUGUGGGUCCUCACCUCGCCGGAAGCAGUGCAGGAAGCAGCAGCUAGAGUUGGCCAAGAAGUACUUGCAGCUUCUGAAGACCUCUACCCAACAGCGUUAUGGUGACAGAGUCCCUGGGUCAGGGAAGCCCCUUGCCUCCAACCAGGCCUACGUCCCCCCAAUCCUGCAGUGGACCCGAGCCACAAUGCCUUUAGACACUCAGAAGAGUGCUGUUUUGAGAGACAUCAAGGUAGAAGAUGGCGCUGAUGAGAGCAUCUGGGACCUCUUCAAUCCCAGGGCCAGAAGGGGGUCAAAGGUGACAGUGCUUUUGGGGAAGGCCGGCAUGGGCAAGACCAUGCUGGCGCACCGGCUCUGCCAGAAGUGGGCUGAUGGCCAGCUAGACCACUUCCAGGCCCUGUUCCUUUUUGAAUUCCGCCAGCUCAACCUGAUCACAAGUGUCCUGACACUGCCCCAACUCCUUUUUGAUCUGUACCUGAGCCCCGAGUUUGGCUCCGAUGCUGUCUUCCAGUACCUAAAGGAGAAUGCUGAUAAAGUUCUGCUCAUCUUUGAUGGGCUGGAUGAGGCCCUCCACCCCUGCUCCAGCAGGGAGACCCGGGGCCCUGGGGGCCGAGGCCCAGCCUUCGCCCUCUUCUCUGAUCUCUGCUGUGGGACUCUCCUGCCUGGUUGCUGGGUGAUGGUCACCUCCCGUCCAGGGAAGCUGCCUGCCUGCCUGCCCGCAGAAGCAGCCAUGGUCCAGAUGUGGGGCUUUGACAGGCCGCGAGUGCAAGAGUAUGUGAGCCACUUCUUUAGUGCCCAGCCAUCCCAGGAGGAGGUCUUGGCAGAGCUGCAGGCAAAUGGACGUCUCUGGAGCAUGUGUGCAGUACCUGCAUUGUGCCAAAUCGCCUGCCUCUGCCUCAGCCAUCUGCUCCCUGGCAGUGCUCCAGGCCAAUGUGUGACCCUUCUGCCCACCAUGACUCAGCUCUACAUGCAGAUGAUGUUUGCACUCAGCCCCCAUGGGUGCCUCCCUGCCACCUCCCUGCUGGGCCUGGGGGAGGUGGCUCUGAGGGGCCUGGAGACUGGGAAGGUUAUCUUCUAUGCAGAAGACAUCCCUCCAUCCAUGAUGGACUUUGGGGCUGCCCACGGCCUGCUCACCUCCUUCUGUGUCUGCACAGGCCCUGGGUGCCAGCAGAAAGGCUAUGCUUUCACUCACCUCAGCCUGCAGGAAUUUCUCGCUGCCCUGUACCUGAUGGCCAGUCCCAAGGUGGACAAUGACACACUCAUUCACCAUGUCACUCUGAAUUCCUACUGGGUGCUGAGGACCAAAGCCAGACUGGGCCUCCUCUCAGACUACCUCCCCACCUUCCUGGCGGGCCUGGCAUCCUGUGCCUGCCGCCCCUUCCUCAGCCAACUGGCAGGGCACAAUGAGGCCUGGGUGGGUGCCAAGCAGGCUGCCAUCCUGCAGGUGUUGAGGAAGCUGGCCACUCGAAAGCUCACAGGACCCAAGGUCAUAGAGCUGUGUCGCUGUGUGGAUGAGACACAGGAGCCUGAGCUGGCCAGUCUCACUGCCCAAAGCUUCCACUUUCAACUGCCCUUCCACAACUUCCCAUUGACCUGUGCCGACCUGACCAGCCUGACCAACAUCCUGGAGCACAGGGAGGCCCCCAUCCACCUGGAUUUCGAGGGCUGCCCCCUAGAGCCCCACUGCCCUGAGGCUCUGGUUGGCUGUGGGCCCAUAGAGAAUCUCAGCUUCAAGAGCAGGAAAUGUGGGGAUGCCUUUGCAGAAGCCCUAUCCAGGAGCUUGCCAACAAUGGGGAGGCUGCGGAAGCUGGGGUUAACAGGAAGUAAGAUCACUGCCCUAGGCAUCAAACAUCUGGUGAAAGCUUUGCCUUCUUGUCCACAGCUGGAAGAGGUCAGUUUUCAGGACAACCAGCUCAAGGACCAGGAGAUACUGAAAAUCAUAGAGCUUCUCCCUUGCUUGCCACGGCUCCAGAGGCUUGACCUGAGCGGCAAUGACAUCUCAGUGUCAACACUACUCUGCUUGGCACAAGUGGCGCUUACAUGCCCUACCGUCAGGAUGCUGCAGGUCAGGGAGGCAGAUCUCAUCUUUCUACUUUCCCCACCUGCAGAGACAACUGCAGAGCUAUCAAGAACUCCGGACCUACAGGAAAAUGGCAGCUGGAAGAAAGGGGCUCAGAGCAGAAUUCUAACACUCAGAAUGCAGAAGUGUCAACUCCGGGUCCAUGAUGUGAAGGCUCUCAUAGGCCUGCUCCAGGAAGGCCCCCGCCUGGAGGAAGUAGACCUCUCAGGGAACCAGCUGGAAGAUGAAGGCUGUCGACGGAUGGCAGAAGCUACCCUCCAGCUGUGCAUCACCAGGAAGCUGGACCUCAGUGACAACGGGCUCUCUGUGGACGGGCUGUACCAUGUGCUAAGUGCUGUGAGCAUGUGCCGGACCUUGAAAGAGCUGCACAUCAGCCUGCUGCACAAAGCCGUGGUCCUCAUGUUUGCCCAAGACCUGGAGGAGCAGGAGGAACCCCAGAAGAGGGCUGCAUUUCUUGACAGCCUCAUGUCCCAGAUGCCCUCUGAGCUGCCCCCAGGCUCCCAAAGGAUCAGGCUGACGCAUUGUGGCUUCCAAGCCAAGCACCUACAGCAGCUCUGCAAGGUGCUAGGAAGAAGCUGCCACCUUGGUCACCUUCAUCACCUCCACCUCGACUUCUCAGGCAAUGCUCUAGGGGACGAAGGUGCUGCCCUGUUGGCCCAGCUGCUCCCAAAGCUGGGUGCUCUGCAGUCCUUAAACCUCAGUGAGAACGGCUUCACCCUGGACGCUGUGCUCAGUCUAGCCCAAUGCUUCUCCACUCUGCAGUGGCUGUUCCACCUGGACAUCAGCCUCGAGAGCCAGCACAUCUUCCUGAGAGGUGUCAGAAGAGGAAGGAAUAUUCCGGCUGGUGGAUUUUUGCCAGAGUUGCCAGCUGGAGCUGAGUUCUUGGGGUUCAGUCCCCACUGCCUGCCCAGGAGCUUUAGCCUCAGGGAGUGUGAGCUGGACCCCCUAAGCCUCACCUGCCUCUGUGAGACUCUGAAGGAGUGCCCAGGGCCACUGGAAGUCCAAUUGUCCUGUGAUGUCCUGAGUGAUGAGAACCUGGAGGCUCUACUAUGCUGCCUCCCCCGACUCCCUCAAUUAAGCCUCCUGCAGCUGAGCCAGACAGGACUGUCUGCCAGAAGCCCUUUCCUGCUGGCCCAUAUCCUCAGCCUAUGCCCACGGGUUCAAAAGGUGGCUCUCAGGUCCCUGUGUCACGCAACCCUGCACUUCAUAUCGAGCCAGAAGCAGGAAGGUGUGUGCUGCGGGUUCACAAGCUGCGGCCUCAGCCAGGAGCAUGUGGUGUCACUGUGUCAGCUGCUGAGCAAGUGUGAAGACCUCGGCCAGCUGGACCUUUCAGAAAACCUGCUGGGUGAUGAUGGGCUCAGAUGCCUUCUGGAAUGUCUGCCGCAGGUGCCCAUCUCCGGGUCACUUGAUUUGAGUCUCAAUAGCAUCUCUCAGGAAAGUGUCCUGUACCUGGUGGAAACUCUGCCCUCCUGCUCUCGUGUCUGGGAGGCCUCAGUGAAUCUGGGCUCUAAGCAGAGCUUCCGGAUUCAAUUCUCCAAACAGGAGGAGUCUGGGAAGACACUUAGGCUUAGUGAGUGCAGCUUUGAGCCAGAGCACAUCUCCAGACUGGCCACGGGCCUGAGCCAGUCCCUCCAGCUGACGGAACUCACACUGAUUCAGUGCAGCUUGGGCCAGGAGCAGCUGAUGGUUCUUCUGGGUCUGGUGCGGCGACCAGCAGGGCCACUGAGCCUCAGGGUGGAAGAGCCAUGGGUGGGCAGAGCCGGGGUGCUCGCCCUGCUAGAAGUCUGCGCCCAGGCCUCAGGCAACGUCACUGAAAUUAGCAUCUCUGAGACCCAGCAGCAGCUCUGUGUCCGGCUGGAAUUUCCGCAUCAGGAAGAGAAUCCAGAGGCUGUGGCCCUCAGGUUGGCUCACUGUGACCUCGGGACCCACCACAGCCUUCUGGUCAGGCAGCUGAUGGAGACAUGUGCCAGGCUACAGCAGCUCAGCUUGUCUCAGGUUAACCUCUGUGAUGACGAUGAUGCCAGCCUCCUGCUGCUGCAGACCCUCCUGCCUACCUUCUCUGAGCUGAAGAAGUUCCGGCUGACCUCCAGCUAUGCGAGCACCAAGGGUCUCAGCCACCUGGCCUCUGGCCUGGGCCACUGCCACCACCUGGAGGAGCUGGACUUGUCUAACAAUCAGUUCUGCGAGGAAGGCACCAACGCGCUGAUGGGGGCCCUUGAGGGGAAGUGCAGGCUAAAGAAGCUCGACCUCAGUCACCUUCCACUGGGCAGCUCCAACCUGGCCAUGCUUACUCAAGGACUCAGCCACAUGACCCUCCUGCAGAGCCUCCGACUGAGCAGGAAUAGCAUUGGUGAUCUCGGUUGCUGUUACCUUUCUGAGGCUGUCAGAACUGCCACCAGCCUAGAGGAGCUGGGACUGAGCUACAACCAGAUUGGAGACGCUGGUGCCCAGCACUUAGCUGCCAUCCUGCCCAGGCUGCCCAAGCUCAGGAAGAUAGACCUCUCAAUGAAUGGCAUCGGCCUGGCUGGGGGAGUGCAGUUGGCGGAGUCCCUUGCGCUUUGCAGGCACCUAGAGGAGCUGAUGCUUGGCCGCAAUGCCCUGGGAGAUCCCACGGCCCUGGGGCUGGCUCGGGAGCUGCCCCAGCACCUGAGGGUCCUGCACCUGCCAUCUGGCCAUCUGGGCCCGAAGGGGGUGCUGAGCCUCAGCCAGGCCCUGGAUGGACACCCACAUGUGGAAGAGAUCAGCUUGGCAGAGAACAGCCUGGCCGAAGGUGUCCCACAUUUCUGUAAAGGGCUCCCGCUGCUCAGACAAAUAGACCUGGUUUCGUGUAAGAUUGACAACCAGAAUGCCAAGCUCUUGGCUGCCAGCUUCGUGCUCUGCCCAGCCCUGGAAGUGAUCUUGCUCUCCUGGAACUUCCUGGGGGAUGAGGCAGCUGCUGAGCUGGCCCGGAUCCUGCCGCAGAUGAGCCAGCUGAAGAGAGUGGAUCUGGAGAAGAAUCAGAUCACAGCUUGGGGAGCCUGGCUCCUGGCUGAAGGAUUGGCCCAGGGUUCCAGCAUCCAAGUCAUCCGCCUCUGGAAUAACCCCAUUCCUCCUGAUGUGGCCCAGCGUCUGCAGAGCCAACAGCCCAGGCUGGACUUUGCCUUCUUUGACAACAAGCCCCAGGCCUCUCAGAAUACUUGAUGUCCCAUCAGAACACUUGGAAUCCAGCAAAGUGAUGCCAACUGCCCCUACCAGGAGAGAAGGCUCAGGAAAAGAUCCUCAGCUGGAUAACCUGCACCCUGCCCCAGGAGCAAGGCGCAUGUUGGUCCUGCUACAGGACCAACAUUCUUGGGGACCAGGACAUUCUUGGGGACCAGGAGCCUGGUCUGGGCAACAGAGUAUCCCACAUCACAUGUGACAUACAUGACCAGUUGGGGACAUGUGGUAUAAUGAGGGUGUCAUGACAUCAUGCAUGAUAUCAGGUUAUAUGUGGCAGUGUGACCUCUUGACAUGUAGCAUUACAUGUAACUUGCAGUAUGGUAUAUGGUUAAUAGCCGGGUCUUAGCACUACAAGUGGCAGGAUAUUAUAAUGGGUGUAUCGUAAUGACAUGACAAAUGUCCAUGACACGUGGCUGGCUGGACAACCUCAGGCUAGCUUAAUUUAUUACUUUAUAAACUAAUAUGUAUUUAUAGAUUCUAUUUCCAGCCCAGCUGAGUCAGGGAAAAUCUCUCAGCUGGGAGGAGAAGAGUGUUCACACACUGACGGGCCAGGGGUUUCAGCCAUGAGGUCUCUUCCUCUUCAAGCCUCAGUUUUCCCAUCUGUAAACUAGAGAUAAUCUAGUUUGAUAGUCUAGAGAUAAACUAGAUUAUCUCUCUCCCCCUUAAAUACUGGCUUCCAAGGACUUCCAAGGGCCCAUGUCCAGAAAGAUUCAGCCUGACCUCGGGACUAACAAGCCCAAUUUGCCCUGUGUAAGGGGCAAAGCCAGGUCCAAUGGCCCAUGGGAGCAUGCACUGCUAAGAUGUUUAGGCAAGGCCACUGGGUCUAGCUACUACCUCAGUGGGAUGUGGAUGAGCCCAAGAAAUUCCACGUUACACAGUGUUCUUGUUACUUUCAAGGAGGACCAAAGAUGGCCCUGCUACACUCCAAGCCAAGUUUGAUCAAUAAACAUGUUGGUC